AACACCCUCAGUGUCGAUCAAACAUUGCGCAGAUACAGAGUAACCUUUAAUCUGUCUUUUUUAGUAGCGUACAGUGAGAUACUUCACAAUGUUACAGCCACUGUGCGCUAACUUUGUGUCAGUGCAGGAUCUAACCCGCUGACAUGUAGGCAGGGAACCAGAUGUGAAGCUUCAUCUGAUAAUCAUGGAUGUCUCAGGGGAGGACUACUUUUACCAUGAAAACAUCAGCUUCAACUUCAGCUAUGAGGACUACCCUGUCCUCUGUGAGAAAGGUGACGUCCGUUCCUUCGCAGCCGGCUUCCUCCCUAUCAUGUAUUCUGUGUGUCUGGUGGUGGGACUGGCAGGAAACGCCUUAGUCGUGGCUGUCUACGCCUACCUCAAACGCCUCAAGACCAUGACGGACACCUUCCUGACCCACCUGGCUGUGGCCGACCUGCUCCUGCUCUUCACGCUGCCUUUCUGGGCUGCCGAUGCGGCGAGGGGCUGGCAGCUGGGGGAGGUCGUCUGUAAGAUUGUGUCAGCCUGCUACACGGUCAACUUCACCUGCUGCAUGCUGCUGCUGGCCUGCAUCAGCCUGGAUCGUUACUUAGCAUUAGCCAGGGCCCAAGGUAGAGACCAGACAGGGUGGCUGCAGAGGAUAUUCACCAGGAGACACUGUUGGAAGAUGUGUUUAGUUGUUUGGGCAACAGCGUUCAUCCUCGGUCUUCCUGAUUUGAUACUCUCACAGGUGAGAUGGGGGUCUAACAGGAGCGUCUGUCUGGCUAUCUACCCUCCAUCAAUGGCUGGAGGGGGGAAAGCUGUGCUGGAGAUGGCAGAGGUGCUGCUGGGGUUCCUGCUUCCUCUCCUGGUUAUGGUGAUCUGUUACUGGAGUGUGGGUCGGGCGCUGAGUGGCCUCCCUGUUGAGAGCAGAGGCAAGAAGUGGAAAGCUCUACGAGUUCUCCUGAUAGUAGUGGGGGUGUUUGUGGUCACUCAGCUGCCUUAUAACAUACUGAAGGUCUAUCGAGCGAUGGACUCGGUCUACGUCUUAGUGACCCACUGUGGGACGAGUAAAGUGUUGGAUCAGGCGGCUCAGGUGACUGAGAGCUUGGCCCUCACUCACUGCUGCCUCAACCCUAUCCUCUACGCUUUCAUGGGGUCCUCCUUCAAGCAGCACAUGAUGAAAGUGGCCAAGAAGUUUGGCGAGAAGAGAAGACAAAGAAGGGAAAAUCCUGCCGAGGAGGAAGGGGUGGACAUGUCAUUUAACUCCCACAGCGUAUCCCAAGACACAAACACAUUCUCAGUGUGAGCGAUCGCCAGUGCGUCAUAGUAACAAGCUGUACAAAUCCUAGUCACUUAUUUAGUAGUAUUUAGUAGAAAGAGCUGAUAAAAGUACUAUGUGAUGUCUGUUUUUGAGAACACAGCAGCUGUAGGAGCGUGUGUGGAAAUCAUUAAGUUGAAUUUGACAGAUGUUUUAACACUUAAUUCCCUGCACGCUAAAAACAGGAGGUUGUAUUUUCCCUCCUCCAGUUAAUUAAAAAACUUGUUUAAUCAAAAUAUACUCUUUCAUAUGUCUCUGCAUAUACUGUCAAUCAAAAACAAAACUGUGUUUUAUCAGGUUUUAUACCCUGGUCUGGAAGAAGUAAUAUUUCAUUAUAACAGUAGAGUAUAGUAGACAUGACAGUAAACCCUUUGAACUUGAAAUGAAAAAACACUAAGAGUGUACAGCCGUGCCAGCAGCUCUGGGAGACAGCUGCUGUGCUUUGAGCUAAAUGCUAAUGCUCACAGUGUAUAAUGUUUACAGUGUUUACCACCAUCUUAGGUUUGUGUGUGAGCAUGGUAGCAUUUAUUAAUUAGCACUAAACACAAAGUAGAGCAGAGGCUGAUGGGAAUGUUGUUUUGCAGGUUAUAAGUGGACCGACUGACUGUAACUCAUCCUGUGGGAGACAUGAAUGUGAACCACAGCAGCCAUUUUGACAUGAAAUAAGGUAAACACAGAUGUUACCAGGGUUACUAAUCAGGGUUUCAUUCCAUUUAGUGUAGCAGGGUCUUUCCAGUAAGCCAACCUGUAUAUAUAUAUAUAUAACAGCAGCACUCUGACUCAUUGGUCCAACAUCUGUUUACCCUACUAAGUGAUGUCAAACUGGCUGCUGUGAAAAAAGGUCUAUUUCAUGGCAAAUAUAUCCCUGUGUUGAACUAUUUCAGUCAAGACAAAAGUGAUGUACUGACAAAUACUGCUAAUGUGGCUGAAAGGUCAUUCUUUUUCUAUGUUUUAUGACUUUUGAUUUAAACGUUUUACACACAAAAAGAAGUUCUGAAUCAAAAACACCCUUCGCAGGACAGCUUACAAGCCUAAAUGUUGUUUACAUAUGAGGGAACAGAUUUUUCUUCUGAAUUUCACAGGAAAACAUUCAACAGCAGCUGCCCACACAGUACAAAGUACAAAUAAGAUUAAUGCUUGAACUUGAUACUCCUCAUUAUACAUCAAACAGUGAAAUAGAAGUGAAACUAUAAAGGAGCUGGAACGUCUGGAGAACAAUGAACUGCUUGUUUGAAAUAACGCUUGCUUAAAGUGUACUGUACUCAAAGUAAAUACUAAUUACUAAAGGUGUGUAGGAAUGUGUAGUUCAUCUGCUAUAAACUAGGUGCACAACACAUGCCGGCACCGCUCUUUUAAUAUUGUUCUAGUUGAACUAUGUACUUUCUGAUCAUGUAUUUUAUUUCUUUAUUGCUCAAGAUACCCCUUUAUUUCUUGAAAAUAAAAAGAUAACACAUAUCAAACCA